UAAAUUCAACCACACCUUUGUUUCAUCACAAAACUGGAGAGUAACAUCUAUCCGGUGAAGUUAACAAAACACAUGACCAUGCUGGUCAAGCAAGUAAAUGUUUCCGAAAUUGUCGGACUUCUAAACAACCAUUGAUUUAGAAUCACGGAAAAUGACCGCAAAUCGCAAAGAAAACAGGUACUGCCUCCACUAUUCCAGCCCCAUUUAAACUUCGACAUAAUCUAAUCACUUAUGCUUAGUCUAAUAAAGAGAACUUUAACAAACCAAAAACAAUUUAGUCCAAUCAACGUGGUACUGAUUUCUGUGCGUGCGUCCGUAGACUCGCCCUACUUGAAAAGAAUCGCCAAUGCCGCCAUCUUCUUUCAUGUUGCCUAAAUGGUCUAUGACUGUUAUACAGUACACACUUUACGUUUCUGUUGUCCUAGGCUACCUGGCUAAAAUACUUGCUAACUAGCCUAACUUCCGUUCAUGGGAGACGAUACACUAGGCCAGCUAGUUAACAUUGCCCUACUUAUUAAACAUCCACCCAAACGUAGUUUUUAAGAGAGCAGAGUUGGAGAGACUUGCAAUUUCUCUUGAGAUACGUUUUAUAGCAUACUUUUUAGGAGUGGGACGGAUUUCAGUCGGAGACAAAUAUGGGUAAUCAAUAUUAAUUUAUACGCAAUGUAGUAAACUAUAGCCUAAUCAUAUUUAAAAAGUACAUCUGCUCUAUUGUAUUACACGUGUACCUGAUCUCGCACGUAUGGCUACUGCACUUGAAGCAGCAGCAAGAAUGAUGGCAGCGGACACUUGCACUUUCUCUUGAGCUAGGUUUUGCAUAUAGCCUACAUUUUAGGACGACGAUGUGCAGGCAGACAGAUACAUUGGUAGCCUAAUCAAUAUUUAUUGAAAACGAAAAGGUACAACGCUCACUCCCCAUGGUAGCCUGUGCGCGCCUUUUCCUUUUCAAUUGUGAUCACAUUUUUUGAUUGCACCUCGACUCACGUUGGUUGAGGGCUUUCCAUUAUCAAUAUUUAUUUACCGACACUGUAGUAAACAGUAUAGUCUAAUCAUAUUUAAAUUACUUUCCUUGGAAAUAUAAAUACCACGUGAUUCCCCCUCUAUGCAUAGGCAGCCUACGUCAAUGAGACCACACAAAAAUAUAAACUCAACAUGCAACAAUUUCAAAUAUUUUAUUGAGUUACAGUUCAUAGAAGAAAAUCAGUUGAUUGAAAUAAAUGAAUUAUGCCUUAAUCUAUGGAUUUUACAUUGGGGCACAGCCGUGGGCGGGCUUUGGCCCACCCACUGGGGAGCCUGGAUACACGUGGUCUGCGGUUGUGAGGCCGGUUGGGCAUACGGCCGAAUUCUCUAAAAUGAUGUUUAUGCUCGAGAAAUUAACAUUGAAUUCUCUGGCAACAGCUCUGUUGGACAUUCCUGCAGUCAGCAUACCAAUUGCACACUCCCUCAAAACUUGAUAAAUCAGUGGCAUUGUGUGGAGUGACAACUGCACAUUUUAAGGUUGAGUUGUAUUUUCCCCAGCACAAGUUGCACCUGUGUAAUGAUCACGCUGUUUAAUCAGUUUAUUGAUAUGCCACAGUCAGGUGCGUGGAUUAUAUUGGCAAAGGAGAAAUGCGUACAAAUAGGGAUGUAAACAAAUUUGUGCACUACAUUUUAGCAUAUGGAAAAUGUCUGGGAUGUUUUAUUUCAGCUCAUUAAACAUGGGACCUGUUAUGGUCUGUUAAUUACUGAUGUCCCCUUUAAGGAUGGAGCACCCAUGGUCAUGCGCAGUGUUGUUCUAUGUUAUUCUGGCACUAACUCGUUUGAGUAAAUGUGAAGCUCCAGUUCAAUUGCUUGUAUUCCGAGUCUUUCUUACUACAUAAAUAAGUACUAAGUGUUAAGACACUACAGGACCGACAUGUUGCGUGCAUAUUUUUGUUCAGUAUACGAGGCACGCCCAACUAGGACAGCCUCCAUUAGGGAGGUGCUAGCGAAUGCAGCCGUGGCAGAGAUUUGUAAACUCGGAGACGACGACUAUGCAGUGUUUCGUUUGGAAAUAACUCAAAGCCAGAAAGAAAACAGGGUAUUGCGGAGGAAACUACAGCUGCUGGAACUGAAGGUGGCGCGAGAGCGCGUCCUCGCCAGUCGUCCCAGUAGUGUCAAGAUCCUCGACCGAUACAGAGGAUUGACAAGAGGCCACGUGAGCUUUGUGAAGCCAGCAGGACACAAUACAUGGAGAGAUGACCAACCAAUCACUGUUGAUGAGGGGAGUGGAACCUCAACCCAGCAUGUUAUUGUGAUCGAGGCUGCAGAUGCUGCAGGUCCUGGGGUCAAGUAGGAGAGUUCUGAAGGAGAGGAUGACCCACGGCACAUCCAAACUGGAGUGCCUCCUGUAGCCAUGGAGGACCCCACCACUGCCCCAGCGGCACCCAGGACCCGACGCAGCAUCACGGAGGUGAAGGACAUCUCACUAGAGGUCACAGGAGCUUUGUGAAGCCAGCUAUAGAUGAGGGGAGUGGAACCUCCACCCAGCAUGUUAUCAUGAUAGAGUCUGCAGAUGAAGAAGCUGCAGGUCCUGGGGUCAAGCAGGAGAGGUCUGAAGGAGAGGUCCCACAACACAGAAGAGACAUCGAGAUUGGAGUGCCCCCUGUUGCCACGGAGAACCGCGCCGCCACGCCCCAACCCAGGCCCUGCCGCAGCAUCACAGAGGAGGAGGAGGGUCCAGAGGUGCUGUUGGUGAAGGAGGAGGGUCUGGGGAACCCUGAGGGAACCAUGGUCAUGGAGGACAACCAGACUACACCUCCUCCUGAACCCACAGAGGAACCAGCUGAGCAGCACAGGACCACACAUAGUCUCACUGAGUCAGUAGACAUGGAGGAUGGGAAGCCUGAUCUGCUGCUGGUCAAAGAGGAGACAAUAGAAGACGGACCAGAGAGCAUUGAUCUGCUGAGUGGACUAAAGAUGGGGGAGCAAGGUGGUUGGCUGGAGGCUAACAGAGGAGACUGGGCAACCAUCUUAGAUUUCCAGACCCAGACUGGUACAGCCAAAGGCCCAGGGGACGACAUCACUGAGCAGGCCAGGACCAGAGGCGACAUAGUGGAGUCAGCAGAUGCAGAGUCUGCAGAUGCAGAGUCUGCAAGUCCUGGGGUCAAGCAGGAGAAGACUGAAGCAGAGGAGGAACCAUGGCACAGCAGAGACAUCCAGACUGGAGCUCACCCUGUAGCCAUGGAGUACCCCACCACUGCCACAGUGCUACCCAUGACGAGACGCAGCAUCACGGAGGUCAGUGGAACGCCGAACGCCGUCCUCAAGUCCGAGACGGACACCAAGACUAAAACAGGGCUGGGCUGUCCUGCUCCCCGCUCAGAAUAUUUCCAUUACGGUAACCCGAGGACUGUUCUGUCCCAUCAGAACUCGGGUGACACGUUACAAACUGGCAAUGAUCCGUCCUGUUCAUACACUACAGAGAUACCUGGUGACAUGCCAGUUGGCUUAGAUACACAGACUAAUCCAAUGAGAGGGGCCUGGAACCGGUACAGUAGUAGUGCACACUCUGAAGGGUGCCUAGAUAAGAAAGGAGAGGGUCUGGUCAUAAAUGAGAUGACUGUGAAAGUGGAGGGCAAGGCUCCUCUGACAUGGAAUGCAGACGAGACUCACUUCAGAGAAGGACACUCGCAGGGCAACACCAGUGAUUUCUUAGACUACAGCGAAAGCUUAGAGACAAAUCUAAAUGUCCCGACUCACUCCCCUUUACACCCAGUGUCCAUGUCGAUGGCACCUUCCGAUUCACAAGGCUGCAUCCUUUUCGAUCAGGUAUUGAACUCAAACGACCAAAGGGCCAAGCCGUGGGGAGAGGGAGCAACAACGGGCGGUAAAGAGACGCAGUUCUUCUGCAUGUUCUGUAACAAAGGCUUUAGCUGCCCACAGAAGGUGGAGAUCCACCAGAGAGUCCACACAGGGGUGAAACCCUUCAUCUGUACCCAGUGUCACAUGCGCUUCGCCCAUGCUGGCAACCUGAAGAGGCACCAGCGGUUCCACACAGGUGUAAAACCCUUCAAAUGUACCCAGUGUCACAUGCGCUUCACCCAGGCUGGUGACCUUAAGAGGCACGAGAGGGUCCACACAGGGGAGAAACCCUACAGCUGUCCCCAGUGUGAGAAGAGGUUCUCCCGUCAGGAUCAGCUGAAGAUGCACCUGAAGGUCCACACGGGAGAGAAGCCAUUUGCCUGUACUCACUGUGGGAAGAGGUUUUCAGAGAGGACCUACCUCAGGAUGCACCAGCAGAAACACCAUUCCACUCUAUAACAUAGAAAGUAACCAUUCCACUCAAUAGCUUCUGACGUUUAGAUCAAACUCUGCAUUAAAGUCUAAGAUGAAUGUUCAUUGUUGUCAGCAGAAAAGAUCAACAGAUACAUCUGAGCAUAAGAGAGUAACAGAUUUGUGUUGAAUAUUUCUGGGUAGAUUAUUGCAUAAUAUGUGUAUACGGCGUAACAUAGUGUUUGUACUGUGUAGGCUAUAUGAUGUUCACACAUUUUCCCAAGACACUUAAUGCAGAUUUGUAGUUGAGAUAUGUGUAUGUCUGGUUUUCAUAUGGUGUAUAAACACAAAAUGGGAAUUUUCAUUCUAAGGCUUUCAUUGAGACUCUCUUUAGUACACAUCACAUCUGAUCUCACGCUUUCGAACCAAUAUACACUUACUAAAUAUACGUACACACUAACACCUACUGUACACGUUAAAAUAGUUGUCAGGUUUGUCUGAUAACUUUUGACUUACCAUAGCUGAAUCAUAUUUAUGUCCACCACAAUGGGUUUAACAACAAUGAAGUCAUUCUGUAACUACAGUGUAGGACUCAAACAUAGUGGGGAUGGGUAAACACUCCAUGUUGAUUGUGUGAUUAUUGUCUGUGUAUGUACCUGAGGGAGUGCAUGUCUGUGUAAUCUGUAUCACCUGUCUCUUCCAGGAGGACGGUCAGGAGGUGCUGCUGGUGAAUGAGGAGGGUCUGGGGAACCCUGAGGGGACCAUGGUCAUGGAGGUCAACCAGACUCCACCUCCUCCUGAACCCACAGAGGAACCAACUGAGCAGCACA